UAAAUCGCGAACAGCUGCCAAUCUACGAAGGCAGCAAGGUGCUUCUGCUCUUCGCGACACUCGGUCGGUACGCAGAGAGCGUGCACCAAAUGCAGCUAUACUAACUUCGACUGCUCCCAGAGGCAUGCUGCUGGACACCACAGCAACAUGUUAGUCUCGAGGAGUGCCCGAAGCUGUUUGGCCCGGCCAUCGUCACCAUUGGUCACCAAUCUGAGGAAACAGUAUUUCUACAUUACCAAUGGUUUGCGACCAAGAACUGCCAGGCCAGCAAUCCCCUCAGGCAAGAGGAGGGAAUCAUCCGAGGUCGGCGACAAUGACACCGGCCACAUUGAGACAAGACCGAAUGAAGGAAUACUCUUCUUUGACAGUGUCUUCCCCUUGAAACUCCAAUGGUUGAGUCGCAUACCUUUUCUCAACCCAGACAAGCUGUUGGCAGAGUCUCUCAAGAAGGUCAACCACCCAGAUUUGGCUCUGGCCGAACCGUCGAGUAUCAUAAAACGAGCUCUACCAGAAAAGUUGCCGCUUACAGUCACGAAAGUCUUGCCUAGACUACGAGAAGGAGGCGCGUUUGUAAAAUUCACACACGAUGAAGGAAUCACAGUCACAGAACUCGAGAAUACACUCAAACAAUAUCUGAAAGAGAAACCCAUCAAGCCAUGGUUCAAUCCUUUUCAACAGGUGCGGGCAUCCCUUGUUCGUGGCAAACCAUGGAUCGAAGACUUGUAUCGUAUACCGAGCUCGAGGGUGAAAGUUGAAUUUCUCCCAACUUCACCUGAAACAUCUGCUGCUGAAUUGACCCAAGAGACGCUCUACUCCUUGUUCCGCAGAUAUGGCAAGCUCGCCGAGAUUGUCCCAGAACCCUUCGACUCAAAGGUGCUUCCCAGAUAUGCAUAUAUCGACUACACAAGAUUAAGAUUCGCUACCAUGGCGAAGAAUUGCAUGCAUGGCUAUGUCGUGGGAACUGCGGAAGGCGGAGGCAAGGCUGGGACCCUCUUAAAGCUCAGCUAUGAGCCGAGAGCUAAAGCAGGCUGGAUAUGGAGCUGGAUCACCAGUCACCCAAGAAUUGUGCUCCCUCUUGCGGUCGCGUUGCUCACUGCAGCUUCUGUGGCGGUAUUUGACCCAAUCAGGACUUUCUUCAUCAGAAUGCACAUAACCCACGGCCUCCAUCUGGACGACCAGCCACUGUACAGAUGGGCCAAAAGCUGGCUUAAUCGAGGAUACGACUACCUCCGCUUCCGCAACCGAAAGGCUGAGAAUGACAGCCUGAAAAUUGUUUGGGAAGAUCGUCAAGGAGCCAUCAGCCAGUUGCAGACAUGGAUGAUCGAGACAGCUGACACAUUCAUUGUCGUCCAAGGUCCUCGGGGAGCGGGCAAGAAAGAGCUUGUUGUGGAUCAGGCACUAAAGGACAGGCCCAACAAGCUGAUCAUCGAUUGCAAAAAGAUCCAAGAGGCCCGAGGGGACAGUGCAACUAUUGCUGCAGCCGCCGCUGAAGUUGGUUACAGACCCGUCUUUUCUUGGAUGAACAGUAUCAGCAGCAUGAUUGAUCUAGCUGCCAUGGGUACCAUUGGGACCAAGACCGGUUUCUCUGAAACUGUUGACACGCAAUUAGCCAAGAUUUGGGGCAAUACUACCACUGCGCUGAAGCAGAUUGCGCUGUCACACCGCAAUAAGAAAGACGAGAAGGAAGCUCAGAUGGCUGACGAUGAAUGGCUGGAAGCUCAUCCUGAAUAUCGACCGGUGGUGGUCAUCGACAACUUUCUGCACAAGAAUAAUGAGGGCUCCACCAGCAUCGUUUACGACAAACUGGGAGAGUGGGCUGCUGCCCUGACAACACAGAAUGUCGCGCAUGUUAUUUUCCUCACAACUGACGUGUCUUUCUCUAAGUCACUCAGCAAAGCUUUGCCAGAUAGGGUGUUCCGCCAGAUCACCCUCAGCGACUGUACGCCUGAAGUGGCUAAGAAGCUUGUUCUUCAGCACCUCCACGCCGAAAGCGACGAACCUCACGCGGCCCAGGGAGAGGAGAAGGUCACUCCUGCGCAACUAGAAAGUGACAUUGACGAACUCGAUGGUGUGAUUCAAGUGCUUGGUGGUCGGUUGACAGACUUGGAAUUCCUCGCUCGAAGAAUUAAGACCGGCGAGUCGCCAGCAAAAGCCGUACGACAAAUCAUUGAACAGUCAGCCUCGGAGAUCUUGAAAAUGUACCUCCUUGAUGUUGAUACUGCCAGUCGGAACUGGACUCCCCAGCAAGCAUGGUUAUUGGUCAAAAAACUGGCUUCCGACGAGGUUCUGCGGUAUAACGAGUUGCUUCUUGACCCGCUAUUCUCAAAUGGCGAAGCUGUCCUCCAAGCACUUGAACAGGCAGAGUUGAUCACCAUCACCUCGAACAAUGGCAGACCUUACAGCAUCAAGCCUGGCAAACCUGUUUAUCAGUCAGCAUUCGAAUAUCUUACUGACGAUGAGGUACUCAAGGCGCGACUAGAUCUGGCAAUCAUCUCGCAGCUGAUUGGCAAUGAAAACAAGAACGUGGAAAAGUAUGAAAAUGAAUUGAAGGUUCUCGCCGAAAUGCCAGGAACACCAGCCGAACUGAAACCUCGGAUUCAAUAUUGUUUGGCCAAGGUGAUGGGUAGCCAGUUGAAGAUACAGGAUUACGAAGCCGAGAGCGGCAAGUUGAAGAAGGUGCUUAUGGACAAAUUUUAGUGGGCGAAGGAAUCUGUCGUGGUGGCUGUACUUGGAUCAUCCUUCUACUCAACCCUUGUUGUAUGAUACUAUGAGAUAUACCCCAGGCAACGAUGUGCAACGGCGUACAGUACUAGUACCUUGGAUAAGAGACGAGGGAUCUUGAUAGUCCAUAAUCAUCCUCAACGGCCACAACCAAAAACAUAAGCAG